AAAACCGGUGCGGAUCCGACCCGCUAUCAUGGUUGCCCUAGAUCCGACGGUAGAUAAAGAAAGCGAGGGUUGCGGUUGUGUUCCCCAUUAGCGGAUUCCCUCGAAACGCCGUCGGCCGCGGGAGAGAACAGAGAGCGAGGGUUUCUGCCGCACCAUGGGGAAGGUUCACGGAUCAUUGGCGCGUGCCGGAAAGGUGAGAGGACAAACGCCGAAGGUGGCGAAGCAGGACAAGAAGAAGAAGCCCAGGGGAAGGGCUCACAAGCGGAUGCAGUACAACAGACGCUUCGUUACCGCUGUGGUCGGAUUUGGUAAGAAGAGGGGGCCGAACUCGUCGGAGAAGUAAAUUGCUUGAUCGUUCGUAGCUUUAAACAAUGUGAGGCCGAGAUUGUUAGUUUUCUUAUUAUCCUUCUGUUUUUCUCUUUUUUUAUUGCUUGGUUACGGGAUUCAUGUAAUGUGACCUCAUCUAGAAAAUUUUGGAUUUCCAUUUGUUGUUAUUCAGUCAGAUUUCGAGAAUAUGAAUAUUUUUGCUUAAUUUCUGAAUUGAGAAAAACUAUACAGUGUCUUCUCCUA